CUUCGACCCAGAGAAAUCGAUUGCAAACCAUAGCAGCAGGUCAUUCAGAAUGGUUGGGACGGUGAUAACUUCGGCUAUUACAGGAACCAGGUAAUUAUACCUCUGUGACAUUCAAGACAUUGUAGAAAACCCAAAUCUGGUUUUCAUAAGAUAUUAUUGUUUAUGCAAUGGCAAAGCGAAGAGCUAAGAAAAAUGUACCAAAAGCAUCUACAACACUUGCCAGCAAUUUAAAUGAUGCACAUGAACAGCCUAAAGCUGAGAUGCCAGAAGAUGCAUUAAGGGAUCAUGAAGUUGAACGUCAAAUCGCUGCUACUAGGGCAAUUCGUGAUUUGGAGACUGAAUGCCUCCUAACUGGGUUGAGAUUGCUUCGCUCAAAUUUCAGUGAGGAAAAGCUGCAAACCCCUGUAUUGCAGUUCUUCAAGGAAAAUUUACCAAACCUGUCAUUGGUAAGAAAUAACAAGGAUGGACAAUUUGAAGUGGAAUUGAAGGAUGAAGACGGGAACUUGUUCAUGAGUCACACGGAUGAAAGAAACAUACACACAUCAAUUUUACAACGGAUGUCCAUGUCUUAUCAUCCGGAUUUUGCUGGUGUAAUCCCAAAUUUUGGUGGAUUCGAGUUCUCAAGUAAAUCCGUGAAAACAAACCCUUUUGAUUCUGCAAACUUGCAGAUUCCAGACUAUGUUUUGGAGGAGCAAUCAGAUACUCAGAUGCUUGGUUUACAAGAGGCCUUCCGAACCCCUGGGGUGAGUACCCACAGGUUGUCUGUUGGCAUGACCCCUAAAACUCGAAGGCUACCAAAGCAUGGUGAAAUGAUUUUAUCUGUGCAUGGCUCGCCCCUUGGAGUGUACAAGGAAGGUAACAUGGAAGCCAUAAACGGUAUGUGUUCCUUCUACUUAAUGAAAAUGAUUUUUAAAUCUUGGUCAUGUUUCAAUUCGUAACUUGAAAUCUGCAGAAUCAGAAGAAGGUUGACUGGUUCGGGCUUCUUCCAGUUUACCGGUGGCUCUGAGAUACAUUGCAUGUCAUCUCAAGCUGGUCUUGAGGAUUCUUGCUCCAUCAUUGCAUCAUAACUUAAUGUUAACAUGUACACAUUCUCAUGGAUCAAUGACUCGGAUCAAAGAUAUCACAAAUAUACAAUUUUAUGUUGUAAUAUAUUUCAAAUCUUACUGUUUGUUUAAGUAUUAAAGGUGGAUGUGCAUGCACACUUAAUAUUUUUC